ACUCUGCCCGCCUCCAUCCGCUCCUCGGCCGGCCAAUCAGCUGCGGAGCGGGGACGAGCCCACAGUGGGAGCCUCUCAUUUUCCACGGCAGUCAUGUGACAGACAGAGUACAACUCCGUGGGAGCAGAGAGCGGACGGACUGCAGCGCUGCGUGGACAUCUGUGGGAUCCAGAGGACGAAGCGGACCCUGAGCUGGGUGACACUCUCUGGAAAUCCUGCAUCCAGCCUGGACGCCUCGGAUUAUUUCCUGGACAGCCGCAGGUGUUUCCUGGAGGGGGAGGGGGGGCUUGGUCACCCUGGUUUUGUUUGGUCUACCCUUCUCCUCUGCCAAGGACUCGUUUUCUACAUGCCAGCGUAAACGCAGACGGCAGCCAGAAGGUGGAGCCAGGGAUGGUGGAUAAGUCUCCAGUGAAGCGAGAGACUCUCUUUCCGUACGUUUGUUCUUCUCCAGACAUGGUGUCAGACCCGGGCUGCUACCAGGUCAUCCCAUCGCCCCCUUCAGAUGAUGAUGUCAGCCUGCUGUCCAGCCCUCGCUCCUGCUCCAGCUGCAGCAGCUCCAGCGCCGACAGCGUCCUGGACCACCUGCUGUCAUCACACACCUCCUCAUCCGUGUCACUGUCCACCGUCCAGUGGGGCUUCAGGAGAGAGGAGCCCUUCAAACACGAGUCCAUAAAGGAGGAAAGUUUUGACUUCUUCACCUGGUCAAACGUGGAGACAGAAGAACAUCUGGGAGGGUCGUUCCAGCCCACACUGGAGGAGAUUGAAGAAUUUCUGGAGGAGAAUAUGGAGACGGUGACCAUGAAGCAGGAGGGGUUUAAAGUUGAGGCAGAGGAGAGGCUUGAUACCAAUUUAGAGCCAGAAACCAGUACAUCCAGUCCAGCCUCUGGUGCCUCUGCUGUGAGCAAAGCAGCUGCCAUCAACCCAACACAUGCAUCAGGUGCAGGAGCCACCAUAACAUCAGCCAGCAAACCCUGUGUGGUAGAGCGGGCCGCAGGAAGAAACGGGAUUCCAGUAGUCCUACAGAUCCAACCCAUUGAGGUGAAGCAGGAGCCCACAUUGACCCCAGUGGAACCAGUGGCCCCGCCCUCACAGCCACCCUCAGCCUCAGAUAUCCAAAUCACACAGCUGCUGGUCAACAUCCAAGGCCAGACCUUUGCCCUGGUCCCCCACAUCCUGCCGUCUCCCAGCUUCAGUGUCACAAAGUUCGUCCGGAUUGCACCAGUCCCCAUUGCAGCCAAACCGCUAGGACUCAGCGACGGCUCUGCCAGCCAGGGAUCUGGGCUUCUCAGAGGAGGUCAAAGGUUCCAGAAGAAUCCUGUUUCAGAUCUGAUCAAAAUGCACAAAUGCUCCUUCCCCGGCUGCAACAAAAUGUACACGAAAAGCAGCCAUCUGAAGGCCCACCUGAGGAGGCACACCGGGGAGAAGCCUUUCGCCUGCAGCUGGCAGGGCUGUGGAUGGAGGUUCUCGCGGUCUGAUGAGCUGUCCCGUCACAGACGAUCCCAUUCAGGAAUAAAGCCGUACCAAUGUUCCGUGUGUGAGAAGAAAUUUGCCCGCAGUGAUCACCUGUCCAAGCACAUCAAAGUCCACCGUUUCCCUCGAAGUAGCAGAGCAGUCCGCUCGGCGAACUGAUUCUUCUGGGGAUCACAGAUGGAGAGACUGGAAGGAUGUCCGCGGGACGUGACCCUGGACGUGACCUUGCUCUGGAUUUGUUGUGAUGAAGUGGAAACAGACCAGGUUCUAGAUUGGAUGUUGAACCUUCAGACAUGUUGCUGUUUUUUCCACA